CAACGCAAUUUGAAGGGGAACAUGGCAGCCGGCAUCAGUGCUAAACAGGGAUUAUUAAGUGGUAAAACCUCGCUUAUUUAUCGUCUUCACAGAAAAAUAGCACCAAAGAAUGCUACUAUCCAACGAGUUGGUGAAAUACAGAGUGUACGAGCCUCAACUAAUACUACUGAGGACUCUCAGCAAAGUGAAAACUACUGCCUGGACCUGGUUAGGUCCAGAGACUAUGAAGGCUUCGUAUGUUCCCUCCUCCUCCCGCAGGAGGCGAGGCGCUCAUCUCUGGCGGUGAGGGCCUUUAAUGUGGAGCUGGCACAGGUGAAAGAUUCAGUUUCCCAAAAGACCAUUGGUUUGAUGCGAAUGCAGUUCUGGAAGACGGCGAUAGAGGAGAUCUACAGAGAUGACCCUCCAAACCAACCAGUCGCCUCUGAGCUGUGGAGGGCAGUGAGGAAACACAGCCUGUCAAAGAGAUGGCUGCUGAGGAUAAUUACAGAGAGGGAAAAAGAUCUGGAUGACAGAGCGUACAGAAACCUCCAGGAGCUGGAGACGUACUCGGAGAACACGCAGUCCUCCUUAAUGUACCUGCUGCUGGAGUGUUUAGGUGUGAAAAACGUCCACGCAGACCACGCGGCAAGUCACAUCGGUAAAUCUCAGGGAAUUGUAACUUGUCUGAGGGCGACUCCUUACCUCAGCAGUCGACGGAAAGUGUAUCUGCCCAUGGACAUCUGCAUGCUGCAUGGAGCUUCACAGGAGGACUUCAUCCGAAGCAGCCGGGAGCAGAUCGUCCGAGAUGUUGUGUACGACAUCGCGAGUCAGGCUCAUGUUCAUCUGCAACACGCUCGAUCGUUUAGCCACAGCGUUCCAGCACCUGCCACUCCAGCCUUCCUCCCCACAGUGGUUUUGGAAGACUACCUGCAGAGAGUGAGGAAAGUCGAUUUCGAUGUUUUCCACAAGAGCCUGCAGAGCAGAAACCCCCUCCUCCCCAUCCAGCUGUACUUCCGCUCCUGGAAGAAGACUUACUGACUUAAGGCCGAACUGCAGACCAGAAACCUCAACUCUCCUGAUUCAGACUGCACGCUGUCCCUUAGCAGCUAGAACGACAUCGGGGCUCAGCGCCGACCCUAAGGGCCGUCACUUCAGAAUUUUGAGCUGACUGCCGUUUUUCAAGCUCUACAGCUUUGAUAUUUAAAGGAUUUGUUACUUGAGCCAAAAGAGUUGCUGGAGAUGCGUCUUGAAGUGUUCAUCAGAAAAUGUUUUAUUCAUAAAUGUACAGGAAAAUAUAACACUUGUCUUCCUUAGACUUAAAGGAGACUCCUGUGGCGUUGUUUCAGUCAUUUCAACCAGUAAUAUCUCUCAAUUCCA